AGUACGCUUCGCUCAGCUUACAUGUGUAUAGGAUAAUUAGCUUAGUGUAAACGUGGGAGAAGUUUCGAAAUUCAGAUUAUCUGCUUGAGUUUUAAUCGGUAACGUUAGAUUGACAGCCAUUACUAACGUUGUUUAAACUGAACAGAAGUAACUGACAGUACCAACGGCAGCGACAUUCUGACGUUAACGUUUCUCCGGGUCCGCCUUUGACCGAGGGUGCAACUCUGCCCUAGCUUACUAGAACAAGUUGUUCUUGUCCGAUUUAAUCAUGGACGCGGUGGUGAAUUUCACAAGCCAGAGUCAAGGAAGGGACCGCAUAUUCAGGGCGACCCAGUAUGCCUGUGCACUGUCGAGAUAUUUACUGAGAAACCACACGGAAAGAAAGGACCUUGUGGCGAAACUUAAAAGUCUGGAAACCAACAUGAGCGCUGGACGAAAAUUGUUCAGGCUGGGAAACACAAUAAAUUCCAUUGAGGCAGCUAAGCGAACCAUGCGACUCUCUGACCGAGUGCUGUGCCUGUGCCUCACCGCAGCCAAUGUGAGUCGCGCCCUCUACUUUAUCUGUGACAAUGUACUUUGGGCCAGAAGUGUCGGUCUUAUCCGCAAUAUCGACAAGGAACGCUGGAGCGUAAACUCCUCCCGCUUCUACUUCCUCUCGCUAGUUAUGAGUCUGACCAGAGAUGUUUACGUGGUUCUGCGGUUGAUGGCAGAGAGAGCGAGAGAUAAACAUUUUAGACAGAAAAUGGAGCUGCAUCUCAAUGAGAGUCCUGAAGUGGCUGAAGCUGUCAUCCCUCAGCUGGAUGCUGUUCUCUUUCUGCUGUGGGAGAGCCUGAAAUCACAUCCUGCUGUUGCCUUGGACAUGCUGAAAAAUAUAUGCGAUCUCUUCAUUCCCCUAGACAGGCUGGGUAUAUACCAGUCGAAUGCAGGAGUGGUGGGAUUUUGUGGUUUGAUUUCCUCCGUGAUUGGGAUUGUGACCCUCACACAGCCCGUGUUAAAACUCAAACCAUGAGGAUAAGGGUAGGGGUGAUGUACUGUCAUCUACCUGGAGCUGUUGUGAUGGACUGAGGUCAACCUGGUGCAAAGUGAGAUUAGGGAACAUAUCACGGGCACAUCUUUGUUAGAAUAGCCUGUAUAUUUUACACCUCAGGUCAGCAAUCACUGAAGCCAUGAUUGGAUUUGAUUGUUUUGUAACAGAUUGUUGAUUGACUGAUUGAUUGAACUGAUUGCAUCAUAUUUUUGAGACACAAAAUGACCUCACAUUAAAUGGGGACCAGUUAAAGUUCAGAACACUGGUUUUAAAGGGAGAAAAUCAAGUUUACAUAGAAGCCUUGUUAAUUUUUUUGUAACUUAAAAGAGGCACAUCUAAACCUGUGUGCAUUUCUGUCUUCUCCAACACUACAUAUAACACCAGCAGACAGCUUUGUGACUACUGUACUUGAAAAAUAAGGGCUCCUUUGUUGUUUGCACUUGCUUUUGCACCUAUCUCUUAAAAACAGUAAGAUCUUAAUCUGAGUGGCGUCGCUACUUUAAAGGAAUGCUUAACACACAAAAUGACCUUUUGUAAAUCAGUCAGUCAUGUUGUGUUACCCUGAGUUAGUGAAGAAAACUUCUUGAAUGCCUCCACGGAAAACGGCAAACAUAUGAAUUUGUGAUUGAUUGGGGACCACGUUUAACAACAGCAAAACUACAACAAAACAUGCAUCAUAAUCCAAGUCUCCCUUAUCCUGUCGUAUGCUAAGGCCUUUGCACACUGAGUUGUUUUCUUUUUAACCCGUCAUCCAAAAAAAAUUGUUACACACAGAAACCUUGCAUUUUAUUGCUAUGUUUGGUGUGAAAAUUCACAAUACGUGACAAGGUGAAAAGACACUCCUUUCCUCUCUCUCUCUCCACUGGAGUUACCUGUCUGGCUGUCAUCACUCCCCUCCUGUCUCGCAUUUGGUGCCGCAGCUGCAUGAAGGGGCGAAGCUGUGCUCCCUGUCUGUCUCCGCAUUCUUUGUGCGAUCCACAUCCUCCUUUUCAUCAUCAUCAUCAUCAUCAUCAUCCACCUGAACAUUACUAUCUGGCCUGUUGAAAGUAGCUGUCUGUAGUUAUGACAUGCUGCUGGGCACCCCGUUUAUCUGUCUUGUCGCAGCUGUGUCCCACCGCCACAUCUGAUUCUUGGUCAGACGUCUCUAAAGGCUUCUGACGGAUGUGGAAAAACACUCAAAAUCAAAUCUGUUCAGAAAAUUUUAAUGACAGAUGAAAGUUUUGGACUCGAUGUGCAAACACAAUUGACACACUGUGAGCUUGUAUUUAUUUUUAGAAGUUCGACAAUUUCGGGUGAGAAAAUCUGACUCAGUGUGCAAAGGCCUUUACUGAAAUUGAAACUUAUCUAUGCUCUUUUCAAAGCCAGAUGUUUUAGCGAAAAUGCAUGUGUUUGGAAAGUGCUGAUCGACAGCUGGAUAAAUGAGACUUGCAUUUCACUGCACGAGUUGUGUGACAGUUUGUAAAUGAAUACUUUGAUAUAAUUUUGCUGUUGUUAAAUGUGGUCCCCAAUUAAUCAUAAAUCAAUAUGUUCACUGUUUUCCAUGGAGACAUGCAAGAGAAACAAAGCUUUCUUUAAGAACUCAGUGUAAUGGGGCGUUGGUAGCUUAGUGGAUAGUGCUGGCGCCCCAUGUAUAGAGGUGAUGCCUCGCUGCAGUGGUCGCGAGUUCGACUCCGGCUUGUAACCCUUUGCUGCAUGUCGUCCCCCCACUCUCUCUGUCUCCCCAUUUCACAAUGUCCUGUAUAUUAAAGGCCCAAAAAAAAUAAUCUUAAAAAAAGAACUGAGUGUAACACGUUAUGACUCAGUGAUAUAUACAAAUGAUCAUUUUGUGGGUGAGGUAUUCCUCAGGUAUUUCCCUGUCUGUCUCUGCACUCAGUUUUGUAACAAGAUGCUGCUAAAAAUUUUACCUCUUUGAUUCAAGUGAUGAAUAAGCUGCUUCUCAGCCCAAAGUGCUUUCAGAGGGGAAAAAGCAGCUGAGAGAUUUUCGGGUAGUUUUUGACUUGUCAUUGGAGAAAAUGUUACUAAUAACAUGAUGGCUCUGCUCUUUUCAAGCGCCCCAUUGAGAGUGAUGGUGAGGGAACAUUCACUAUACAAGAACCCUUUAAUUCUGUGCUUUCCCUGCUGUGACAAGUUAAAAUGUCUUCCUUGAAAAAGCCCUUUCAUUGUACCUGCUAUUUAUGUUUCAUUCUGCUAUUCUGGGCUUUGACUGUCAGAUUAUAUGGUGUGUUCAUUUAAAGAAAUGAUUUAGAACAAAAAAAAAUAUGCGUAUUGUGAUAAAAGACACCCACGAUAAUGUGAUUACAAUUAAAUUAUUAAUAUAUUGUCUAGAAAUUGUAUGCUUGUAUAUGUAUGCUUUUUAUCUUUGUGACAGACAAAACAAGUGUGCUUGGAUAAGUUAAAAAAAACUCCAAAUUCAUCUAUGCAAUAAUGUGAAAUAUUAAGUGUAAAGCUGCGAGUGCACAUGCUUUUAUUAUCACAUCAUUUAGUUCUGAUGACGUACUGUUUUCACUGUCACAGUUGAUCAAAAAGAUAAUAAAAACAUGAAAUAAACAUAAAAUUGUUUUUAAAAACUG